AUGUCCAGUUCCAGUCGCAGCAGCAUUGAGGUGCAGGGUCGCCCAGCACAAGAACGCCUCAAGAGCUUCCUAGAGGAUUGCUGGGGCUCCACUCUCCAGGCAUGGCUCAGCGCCUUCGACGUCGACAAUGUGCAACGAAUUCAAAAGAUCGAGUUCAUCGAGAUCAUGCGACGUCAGGGUUACUCGGGGAACCUUCAACAGCUCUUCCACGAGCUGGAAGAUGACUCCGGCGAGCUCUCCAUGCACAGCAUCGACCCCGUGCAGGCCGAACUGUGGACGCGCUUCCGCGAGUGGUGCCGGAGCACCUUCCGUUCCGUGGAAGACUUGUUGACGCGCUUCGGGAACAGCAACGAGGAACGCAUGAAGAACCGCCAGACCAUCAAGGCCCGCUCCGCGCCCCUCACAGGGGUGCACUUCCGGAAGAGGAUGAGGGAGCUGGGCUGGGACCUCGGAGACGAAGAUCUGCUGUUCUCGGCCUUAGACGCGGACCGUUCAGGGGUGCUGAAGCGUGAGCAUUUCCGCUGGCUGGAUGCCGAGUUCCGUCGCAUCCAGCGGAAGAUCGACGCCAAGAGCCAUGCGAUCCACAGCUUGCGGAAGCAGCAAGAGAAAGAUGCACACCAGGAGACGUUGGAGCUCUUCAAACAAGCCUUGGUGAAGAAGUAUGGGAACCUGGUGCGUGCCUGGCGCAAUGGCUUGAGCAACAACGACCUGCUGAUCUUGCCCAAGACCCAGUUCCUGAAGGCCUGCUCCAUCUUGGGCUGGGCGCAUGAAGCAAGGGAGUUGUACAAGAUGCUGGACAAGGAGCAGAGCGGCAUAGCAUCUCUGGAGGAGCUUGAUCCUUCAAUUGCGGAGCACUUGGCCAAGUUCAAGAAGUUCCUGGAAAGCAAGUUCGGAAGUGCCCUGCAGGCCUUUGAUGCCUUGUUCGACACCACGAACUCGGGUGGGAAGGUGUCCUUCGGGCAGUUUGGUGAGGCACUUCGGGAGUGUGGCUGGUCUGGAAGGAUCAAGAUGACGUUCAACUCUUUGGACCGACAGGGGCGCAAGAGCCUGGAGGAGUCGGAUUUUCGCAUGCUGGACAAAUGGAGCCCUUCGCCCUACUUCAUGGUGGAAGCGAAUACCCUUGCCAAAGAAGAGGUCAAAGACUUGCUGAAACAGAAGUACCACGGGCAUUUUAUGAAGGCAUGGAGACAUUUGCUGGACAAAGAUGGUAGCAAUCGCGUGAACUGGUCUGAGUUCCAAACGGCUUGCCAGAAACUUCGUUACCACGGAGAUGUGGCGGGAGCCUGGCGUGCGUUCGACAGCGACUUGAGCGGUUAUUUGACGUUGAACGAGAUCGACACCGAAGCGAGCGACACCUUAUGCGAAUUCAAGGACUGGGCCUGGAACGAGUUCGGCACCGUCAGGGCGGCUUUCGGCGUCUUCGACCAUGACGGAUCCAAUAGCCUGUCCUUCGAGGAGUUCCGGGGCAACUGCCGCAUCUAUGGGUACGAGGGCAACGCUCGGAAGCUCUUCGAUGCCUUGGACAUCAAUGGAGAGAGAUCGCUGUCCAUCAGUGAGAUCGCUUUUUUGGAUGACUGGGAUAUGGGAAAGGCCGAGGAGGGCGAAAAGAGUAAGACGGACAAGCGGAAGAGCCGCAUCCGGCAGAUGAACGAGUCUGUGAAGAGGCACGAGAGCAAGGGUCGAGUCUCGCAGAAGCGUCUCACCGAGCUUCCGAUGCGUUUGAUUGCGUCCAUCCGAGAGAACAUGGGCGACCGCAUGGACGAACUGGGACGAUUGCAGAAGGUGGUUCAGGUGAAGCAGGCGCUCCAGCUGCGCGCGGACCUGCCAUUGAUCCCUUUCCAUCACUGGCCCAUCAGUCGCGGUGAGGAGGAAGAAGCUCAUUGUCCAUACCAUUGCGAGCAGCGCAAGGACCGCGAGCGGAAGCAUUGGGUUCAAGAAGCGGACCGUGACUUCAUCCCAGUGAACUGCUUCGGCUUCCAGCAGGCGUCGACGACGUCCCUGGGAUCGUCGCAAGCGAUGGCCGAGUGCCUCGAGGAAGCGGAUGCCGGGAGUGAGUUCUCGCAGAAGUUGCCUUCAGCACUGACUCCGUCUGUGCCGAAGCUGCUCAAGCCGACCUUGGACGAUCUGUUGGCGUCCGGACCUGGCGGGUCGCGUCUGCGGCGGCUUCCACGCCUGGUGCUGCCCAGGCUGCCCAGCAUGCGGAAGUUAAUGGAUUCUGAGCCGCACACUGUGCGUUGA